CUAAAGGGAGGGGCGCUUGGCCAAAGUGUCCGUGCGGAUGGCUGCCUCUCUGUGUAAGCUCCGUAGCUCGAAUCUGGAGUCAGCCAGUGUCUUUUCUCUCACUCUGUCUUCGAGGGGACGGCCCUGUCUUGAGUUUUUCUGAGACAAGAGUGACAGGCUGUCUCACUCCUUUCCGUAUCCCUUCCCGAUCCUGACUUGGAUCUACUCACAGUGCUUCUCUUUGUUGGUCAUCCGAUGGCAAGGAGUUCCCGAACACCACGGCUUUAAGAACACCCUUCACCCAGGACGGAACUCCGUGGCUUUAAGUCUUGCCUGGGAAAGGGGACAUCCUUCUGGCCAUCUUUCAGCGCCUGUAUCCGGUGCAUCUUUUCUGGGGAUAUAUCCUUCCUAGACUGACAGUCCUUAAGCCAAGCAUGCAGUGAGGGUGUUAAGGGAUGGAAGAAGCGAGUCUGUGCCUUGGAGUGUCCUCGACGGCACCGGAAGCUGAGCCUCACCUGAGCGGCCCGGUCCUCAAUGGCCAGUAUGCCAUGAGCCAGAAGUUGCACCAGAUCACUUCCCAGCUCAGCCAUGCCUUCCCUGAACUGCACCCGCGGCCCAACCCAGAGGAGAAGCAACCUGCAGCCCUUGAGGAAAAGGCCCACGUACCCAUGAGCGGGCAGCCCAUGGGCAGCCAAAUGGCGUUGCUGGCCAAUCAGCUGGGCCGUGAUGUGGACAGCAGUCUCAAUGGGCGUGUGGACCUUCAGCAGUUCCUAAAUGGGCAGAACUUGGGCAUCAUGUCUCAGAUGAGUGACAUUGAGGACGACGCCCGGAAGAACCGGAAGUACCCGUGUCCCCUGUGCGGCAAGCGCUUCCGGUUCAACAGCAUCCUCUCCCUGCACAUGCGCACUCACACCGGCGAGAAGCCAUUCAAGUGCCCCUACUGCGACCACCGAGCAGCCCAAAAAGGGAACCUCAAGAUCCACCUGCGGACCCACAAGCUGGGCAACCUGGGGAAGGGGCGUGGGCGGGUGCGUGAGGAGAACCGUCUGCUGCACGAGUUAGAGGAGAGGGCCAUUCUGCGGGACAAGCAGAUGAAGGGCAGCCUGCUGCAACCGAGGUCUGACCUCAAGCCCUUGGCACAUGCCCAGCAGGCUCCACUGGCCACCUGCAACUUAGCCUUGCCCCCCAACCACAGUGUGCCCGACGUAGCCCACCCAGCACCUUCUCCCAAGCCGGCCAGUCUGCAGGAGGAUUCGGUGACCCCGGCUGCGGGCUUCAGAUGCACCUUCUGCAAAGGCAAGUUCAAGAAGCGCGAGGAGCUGGACCGCCACAUUCGCAUUUUGCAUAAGCCCUACAAGUGCACCUUGUGCGACUUCGCAGCCUCGCAGGAGGAGGAGCUAAUCAGCCACGUGGAGAAGGCGCACAUCACGGCCGAGUCGGCCCAGGGCCAGGGCCCCAACGGCGGUGGAGAGCAGUCGGCCAACGAGUUCCGCUGCGAGGUUUGCGGCCAGGUGUUCAGCCAGGCCUGGUUCCUGAAGGGCCACAUGCGCAAGCACAAGGAUUCCUUCGAGCACUGCUGCCAGAUCUGCGGUCGGCGCUUCAAAGAGCCUUGGUUCCUGAAGAAUCACAUGAAGGUCCACCUCAACAAGCUGUCGGUGAAGAACAAGUCCCCCACCGAGCCGGAGGUGUCGGUGCCUAUGGGUGGCCUAUCCCAGGAGGCCCAUGCCAACCUGUACUCCAGGUACCUCUCCUGCCUGCAGAGUGGCUUUAUGACCCCGGACAAAGCCAGCCUGAGCGAGCCCACCCAGCUCUACGGCAAAGGGGAGCUCCCGGCCAAGGAGAAAGAGGUUCUGGGAAAGCUACUGUCACCCAUUUCCAGUAUGGCUCACAGUGUCCCGGAGGGAGACAAGCACUCCCUGCUGGGCUGCCUCAACCUCGUGCCACCGCUGAAAUCCAGCUGCAUCGAGCGGUUGCAGGCAGCUGCCAAGGCUGCAGAAAUGGACCCAGUGAACAGCUAUCAGGCCUGGCAGCUCAUGGCCAGGGGCAUGGCCAUGGAACAUGGCUUCUUAUCUAAAGAGCAUCAGCUCACGCGCAACCACGAAGACACUUUGGCAAAUGCCGGGGUUCUGUUUGAUAAGGAGAAGCGGGAGUACGUGUUAGUGGGAACAGAUGGCUCCAAGCAGAAAAUGCCUGCUGAUUUGGUUCACAGCACUAAAGUGGGCAAUCAGAGAGACCUGCCAAAUAAGCUCGACCCUCUAGAAGGCAGUCGGGAAUUUUUGCCACAUGGGCUCAACCAGACGCUCGAAUACAACCUACAGGGUCCUGGGAACAUGAAGGAGAAGCCCACCGAAUGCCCGGACUGCGGGCGGGUGUUCCGCACCUACCACCAGGUGGUCGUGCAUUCUCGUGUUCACAAGCGGGACCGCAAGAGUGACGAGGACGCUCUCCACGUGGGCGUGGGCCUGGAGGAACGGCGCGGCUCGGGCAGCGACCAGGAGUCGCAGUCGGUGAGCCGUUCCACCACACCCGGUUCCUCUAAUGUGACUGAGGAGAGCGGGGCUGGAGGCGGCCUGUCUCAGACCGGGAGCGCCCAGGAGGACAGUCCACACCCUUCUUCGCCUUCUUCCUCAGACAUCGGCGAGGAGGCCGGGAGAACCGCCGGCGGCGUCCAGCAGCAGGCGCUGCUUCGAGACAGGAACCUGGGCUCGGCCAUGAAGGACUGCCCGUACUGUGGGAAGACUUUCCGGACUUCCCACCACCUUAAGGUCCACCUGAGGAUACACACAGGUGAGAAACCCUACAAGUGUCCUCACUGUGACUACGCUGGCACGCAGUCAGCGUCUCUGAAGUAUCACCUAGAACGACACCAUCGGGAGCGGCAGAAUGGAGCCGGGCAGCCCCCGAACCCGGAGCACAAAGAUGAGACCUCCAGCAAAGCGCCUUUGUUUAUGAGGCCAGACAUCCUGCGCGGGGCCUUGAAGGGUCUCCCCGGAAUCGACUUCCGAGGUGGUCCCGCCUCUCAGCAGUGGACACCCGGCAUGCUCUCCUCCGGAGAUCACUCGGGGCAGGCCACUGGCAUGUCCUCAGAUCUGUCCUCAGACGCGUUGAAGAGCUCCGACCUUCCUUCCAAAAGCUCGCACUUCUCAGAGAUCGGAAGGGCUUACCAAAGCAUCGUGAGCAACGGCGUGAAUUUCCAAGGGUCCCUGCAGGCGUUCAUGGACAACUUUGUCCUCAGCUCUCUGAAGAAGAAGGACACAAAAGACAAAAUCCCAUCCGAUGCCCAUUCCAUGAAAGCCCACGCUGCUGCUGCUGCUGCUGCUGCUUCUGGGGACGGUGGAGAGGAGAGGCCCGGCGGGAAGCCCUCCCAGCGCAAGUCGGAGAAAUCUCAGUACGAGCCCCUGGACUUGUCGGUGCGGCCGGACGCCACCACCCUCCCCGGCUCCUCCGUGACCGUGCAAGACAGCAUCGCGUGGCACGGCUGCCUGUUCUGUGCGUUCACGACGUCGUCCAUGGAGCUUAUGGCCCUUCACCUCCAGGCCAACCACCUGGGCAGAGCAAAACGCAAAGAUCACCCCGCAGGGCUGACAGUCAACUGCAAAGAGCAGGUGCGCGAGGCCAGCAAGGUCUCUGGGUCGCCCUCCAUGCAACCAAGCAAAGAGAUGGCCCUACCCAGCGCCGUGGGCGCUCUAGACCCUGCUCCCGAGAAGAUGGCCCAAGGACCGGCCAAAGAGACUCUAGGAGACCAGAAAAGCGGUCAGUGGCCCAGCCACGUGGACCCCGCCUUUUGUACCUUUCCGUCUGACUUCUACAAACAGUUUGGCGUCUACCCCGCAAUGGUUGGCUCCGGGGCCCCAGGCUCCUGCUCCAACAGGAACCCUGCUGGGAAACCCCACCCGGAAGAUGAUGCCCCACUCCUGAUCCCGGAAACCGCAAACAAAAACGCGGCCGAUGACCUCUCAGAUAUUGCCUCCUCCGAGGACAUGGACUCCUCCAAGGGAGAAAACAAUGAGGAUGAGGAGAUUGAUACCGAACCGGAAAUGAUGAGCAAGCCGGUGGUGCUGCCUGCUCUCAGCAAGGAUGGCAGCAGCAGCAGCAGCAGCGAGGGCGUGGACGGCCUGCUGCCCCCAGGCGCCUCCCAGCCCAUCCAGGGACUGGUCUCACCUUUAGCUCAGCCAUCAGAGGAACAGUGGCACAGCCCAGGCCUCCUUCCUGCCCAAGACCCCUCGGCGGCGGGGCUGCCAAAGCCAGAGCGGGGUCCCCCAGGGCUGGAGAAACCCAUGAGCAUGCUGUCGGUCCUCAGGGCCUACAGCGCCGAUGGCUUAGCAGCCUUUAACGGGCUUGCAAGCAGCACAGCAAAUUCUGGAUGUAUCAAGAGGCCAGACUUGUGUGGUCACAGGCCUUUCCAGUGCCACUACUGUCCCUACAGUGCCUCGCAGAAGGGAAACCUGAAGACCCACGUCCUCUGCGUCCACCGAAUGCCUUUCGACAACAGCCAGUACCCUGACCGCAGGUUCAAACGCUCCAGGGUGGACUCGGAGGCUUCUGGGAAUUUUGAGGAGGCUGCAACUGCCAAGGCGGGGAGCUUUGUCGAGCUAACAGACGAGAGAGGCAAGGGCCAGGAGGAGGGCAACUGAGCCAAGCCUUGUCCGCUGCAAUACUCCUCUCUACAGUUUCAAAUCAUGCGUCUGGUUUCAACAGUUUGAUAACUGCAUUCCAAGGAGGGGGGUAAAUCAUGUACAAUCCCUCACUAGUGUAUAGAACAUUUAAAAAAUAAUUUUAAAAGAUAUCUAUAUAUAUAUCUAUAUAUAUAUUAAAAAGAAAAAUCCCCCAGCCCUUGAACAUGGCUGCUACACUGUUACCCAGUAACAAAAACUUCCAAGCAAUGCAGGCGGGAGACAGUGACUUCAGAAAUGCCCCCCCCGUGUCCUUCCAGCUCUGGAAGCUGGUGGCCUUUCCAACCCGAAAGUCACCUUUGUCCAAAAAUCGAAAACAAAAAGCAAAAACAAAAAAGAGAAAAAAACGAUACCACCCGAGCGAUUUGCGUUGCCUCUCGAAAACACCUCUAUAAUCUGACACCAGAUGCUGUCAUCCGCCUAGCGCCCUAAUGAGAUGAACUGGGAGGCAGCUAAGGUGCCAGUCAGACUGGGGCGGUCACUGCAGGGAAAAUCAAUUCACGUGGUGUCACUCUGCACUCUGGGAGAAAUCCUAGCCGGCCCGCACGCAGCCAGCGAGCGCCAGGCCUGACCAGUGCAGGGGAAGAUGGUCAUCUAAAGUGUGCUUUAAAAAAAAACACACACAGCCCCAUGAAUCAGUGGUCAGGAAGCGUCUGCAGGCAAAUGUCCUUUGCAGGUUUGAUGAGUCAUUUUUUUUUUAGAUCAAAUUGCAGUAUGGAAAGACAUGCUUUUUUGCCUUAUUAUUUUCUUUCCUGGGUUGUCGUUUUGAAAGCGUCUGGAUGAAGGACGAGGUUUGAUACUAAAAACAAAGUGUAGGAGACAUUCUAGAGACAGUCGUUAGGAAACCAGGCCAACUCAACCCUACUGUCCAUGGAAAGUUCUGGUAAACAAAUGCAGGUUCUUUGCUUAUGGGGAAGACUGCUUUACAUUAUGGUUUAAGACACUUUUUACUUGAAUGACGUCUACCCUGGCCCUUGUUACCAGAUUUCUUUUUUUUUUUUUCACGUGUUACUUUUUAAGUGUAGUGGGCAUGAAGCAAGAUUUUUUUCUUCUCCAGUGAGCUCUUCCAAAAUAACUUGUAUUAAAACAUGAAUCUAAACCCCCGGCUGUCUGUCACUAAUGAAGAAAACAGUUUGGGUUAGAAUGUUCAUUUCUGUGAAACAAAUGUGUUCUGUAUUUUUGUAGAUUAUAGAGCGUCUACUGACUGAACACUCAAAAUGUAUCCAGUUCUUCGCCACACUGAGGGAGAUUUUGAGGGUUGACAAGGAAACACACAACUCUUUAAAAAAAAAAAAACCAAAACCGAAACCAAAACAAUGGUGUAAGCAAACUCAUCAAACUAUUCUUCUUGAAUCUGCUAGAAUGCUGUAAGAGUCCCCACCUUCUAACACACUUCCUUUGAGUGACAUGAAAUUGGUACUGUUGCUUGUGAUGGUGGAGACGUAGUGAAGUAUUAACUUCGAGAACGAAAUCAUUUAGACUUGGAGAGAGAGGGAAAAAGUCAAUAUUUUCUUGCAGUCUGGGAGCACACAAUAAAACCCCAGGGCCUUAAAAACUUCCACUCUGCCUAUAGCAGUUUACAAAAAUACUAAGCUGCAAUCAAUGUAAAUAAAAUUCUUAGCACUAUCCUGAGACUGAAUUUCAGGCUAAUAAGGAAUCCGGUUUGCAUAUGCUGUCAAAAGGGUGUCACCAAACCGGGGUUUCACUGGGAAUGAGGCAAGCUGCUUUCUUCCUGGUUUAUUUUUUCCUUUCUUUCAUUUCUUCUUUCUUUUUUUUCUUUUCUUCUUCUUCUUUUUCCUCUAGACUAGUUCUCACUGCCUUACGUAACUCAACUGAUGGACUGUGGCUGUCUCUGUGGCCGGAAGCGGGCCUGGAGACGCUGGUGGAAAACUUCUGACUGUAGUGAACAUUUAGGGUUUAAGUGCACUGCCGUGUUUGGUGACUGUGCCGUUGGCUUUGCCUUCCGUGUGUUUGCCCCACCUGUGGUAUCUUAGCAAAGAGAAAUUAAAAAAAGAAAAAGAAAAAAGAAAAAAAAUAAUAAAAUGGAGAAAAAAAACGUGGAAAAAAAAGACAGAGAGAGAGAGAGAGAGAUCCACAUUCCGUGUCUAGCACUUUGGAGCUGGUACAAGUGUCUUUUGUGUCCUCGGAGCGAGCAUCUUCAGACGCUACAGGCAAUAAUUCUGUUUGUGACACUGGGAGCACACUCCCCUUCUUUGUGGCGUGCGUGCGUGUGUGCGUGUGUGCGUGUGUGUGUGUUGAUCCCAUUCUGUCCAGUCCGACUAGCCGUACUCUUUUCCCUCUGACACAGGCUUUCUUUCCAGAACAUUUGUGACUUGUAACACAAGCCCGUGACAAAGCCUCUGUGACGCGGUGCCAUCCUCACGUGUCCCCAGGCUCUCGUAUCUACACACGUCCUUCCCCCGUGACUUCUGUAGUCUGUGAUGCUGUUCCUAACCCCGUCUCCAUCCCUAUCUUGGAGGGACUCCGAAAUCAUAGAGUAGAGGAGUUUUGUCGCUAUGCUUGUAACAAGUAGAACACUUUGUAUUUAAAGUUUAUUCUUGGUCAUUAUUUAUUAUUGCAAUACAUCAGUGGACAGAACUUUAUUCUGGUAUAGAAAGUAUUAAAAAGUUGUUUUUUUUUUUUCUCAGCGGUGACUGUUUUCUUUCUGCUGUUAGGAAUAAAAUGUCUUUGAAGCAGUCCGGUUUUAUCCAGUGUUUUAUGCAAUAAAACCUCUACCUUUGCAAAAACAAAA